AUGACGUUCCAAUUCGAGCAAUUUAGUUUCGUUUUGCAAAAUGAAGCAGAUGAUCCCUUUCUUUUGCCUUCUAACCUACCUAUUGAAGAUCCUUUGGGUCCCUUCACAUAUUUUUAUCAGAAUAUCGAAUCUAACAAUUUUAGGCCCAUUAUUCGCCCAUUAGAGCAUUACAAUAUCCCAGUUAAUGUGUUAUUUAACGAUACGAUACCCCCAAAUAAUAGUAAUAUUCACAGAGCAAACCUAAAAUCUAUCCAGGCCGUGCAGAUUCUACCUUUGUCAGGUUUAAUUGAACCAACUGACAUAGAAGCAGCCUCAGAAUCAUCUCCAGAAGAGCUGGUUGAUAAUGUAGAUAAAGUAGAACAUACGGUCCAUUUUACGUCUGCAACAGAUCUGGCUAUGAACAACAGUGAGGAGACUCCGUCACAAACUGAAACUACGAGUGUUGGCUAUAGGCUUAACAUGGUGAACAAUAGAGGAGAAAAGGACGGUGCUAAACAAAAAAAGACUCACCAGUGUAUUGAUUGUUUAAGGAUGUGUCAAAGUGAUUCGCAUUUGGAUAGACAUGUUGAGACUGUGCAUUCAGAAGAAAGACCAUGGGCUUGCCCUGCUUGUUUGAAGAAAAGGUUUAAGAGGAAAGACCACCUUGUUAAACAUCUAAAAACUUUACAUCACUGGAGUUCCCAUCAAAUGCUAGGCUUAAAAACACCACAAGCUGUCCUAGAUAGGAAGAAAAAGAGGAAAAAAGCCUCUAAAAACCCAAAGGUAAUGGCGUUACAAAGUCAAAGUGCUACUUUAGGGGAAGAGUAA